AGAACGAAUCACAUCUUUUUUUUAAUGUUCAUUUGUUUGACUCGCAAUGUUACAUAUAUAGAGAAUAUUUCUUCAGAGAAACUUGAGCAAACUUAUUAUUACAGAGAAAAAAUCCGAUGGCAACUUCGAAGCUUCAAGCUCUAUGGAAUCAUCCAGCUGGACCUAAAACGAUUCAUUUUUGGGCGCCCACGUUCAAAUGGGGUAUAAGCAUUGCUAACAUUGCAGACUUUCAGAAACCUCCAGAGACACUUUCAUACCCUCAACAAAUUGUGAUCACAGGCACUGGACUUAUUUGGUCACGUUACAGUACUGCAAUCACUCCGAAAAAUUGGAAUCUCUUUAGUGUUAGUCUUGGUAUGGCGGCAACAGGCAUAUACCAACUUACUCGUAAAAUAAAGCAUGAUUAUGCAUCUGAAGCAGAUCCUAUUGUUGCAAAAGAAUGAUGAAGACACCCAAAUCUGUUUGGGGUUAUAGAUUGUUUAUUGCAGUUAGAAAUUGAAAUGUUAGUGUGACUACUAUGAUAGUAUUACUUUUCCACACCUUUCAACCUAAAUGGUAACAAUAAGGUCCAUCUCUAACUUAUAGUUGGACCGGAAAAGUUUUAUU